CUGUGUUGUGUUACAGGCAUGAGGGCGAAAUUUUGUGUUUUGGUGUACGUAUUAUAUUUAUUGUUACAACGUGUGAAUAAUGUUGGCCACGUUCAUUGUCACAACGUUUACAGAAAAACAUGAACGGAAAAGAAGAUACCUCCUUUUCACUCCGAGUACGCAAUGGGGAGUAUUCAUCACUGUGUCCAUGCCUUUACAUCCAGAAACCACAGUGAGUGUGGCUUGGUUCCUCGAAGCCAACUACUACAACGUUGAUAAUGCUACUUACUUCGAGCCCCUGCUAGGGGAUAUAGCAACACUAUCAAGAAAUAAACGAAGUGUUAGCACACAGAUAAACGGAUUCACAAGGAGCUUUAUGUACACUGCGCUGGAGAAAUUGUUACAAAAUCACGGAGCGAAAGGUCGGCCAUGCUUACUAAGGGCAAUCUGCGAGAACGCCACAUCACAUCUCCUACACGACGGCUUAGUUGGCGAUUUGCUCCACCUAUUGCUAACGCCAUCCACAUCUAUGUCUGAAGAUGCCCUGGACGAUAUUUACUAUGAAGCGGAGUACCUCGGCAUGGACGGCUAUUGUGACCACUACGCCGAUGGGUGCCCAACUAACCCCUUAGAUCUGAUGUCUGUCUUCAUUGAAAAGCUUUGAGUUAAAGAUUAAAUAAAAAUGUUAAUGUUU